AUGAACCACCCCAACGUCCCCGUCGAGGUCACCUACCCCAUCGGCCCCAACACCGGCACCGUCAAGGACUUUAUCGACUCUGGCAAGAUCCCCGUGUGGAACGGCACGCGCGACCUGCUCAACGGCCAGCUGCCCGCCAACCUCGGCGACGCGAGUACUUCCAAGGCGGGUGCGACGGGCCAGUUCGGUCCCGAGCAGGGCACGAACAGCAACGCGGCUGUGUUUCGAUACCACGGAUCUGUCGUUGCGCGGCAGUACAACCCAGACCUGCAGCUGAAUCUCUCCAUCGGAGCCGCCGACUACGAGGGCCGCAAGCUCGACCUGACCGCGCAGCCCGAUCUGCCCCUGCCCAACCCCGACCGCCAGCUUCGGUGCGAGUACGCGUACGAGCACGUGCUCGGCGGUAACGGCACCACGCCCAAGGGCGCCCUGUGGGCUUUGGAGGGGUAUGUCGACCUCGUGGCUGCCGACGUGCGGCAGGGCGGUAUCGGGGACUGCGGGAUGGGUGCGGCCGUCCAGGCCCUCGCCGCGGGCGGAUGGACGCGGUACCUCACGCGCAUGUUCCUGAAGCGGUUCGACACGCCGAAUGCCGGGGAUCGCAACAUUGUCGCCGUCUUCAGGCGCGACGGCAAAGUCCAGCCUGUCCUCAUCGACGACCAGCUGCCCACGCUCCGCAACGCCAAUCCCAACUGCUGGCAGUAUCCUGGCUUCCAGCCCGUCAACGACGCGGCGUACCCGGACGUCACGAAGCCGACGCCCAUCUUCUUCAUGCCCCUGUUCGAGAAGGUGAGUCCCGCGAGCGCAGCGAGCGGCUUGAGAGGCGAGCCGUUCACCCCGACAGUGAGAGCCACGCUAACUCCCCAGGCGUUCGCCAAGUUCCUCGACGCCAACGCCGACUGGAAGUCCGCAACGGGCUACACGGGCUACGCGGGGCUCGAGGGCGUGAACCCGUCCUACGUGCUUGCGGCGAUUACGGGCGGCAACCCCAGCUGGGUUUGGCGGCAGCGGCCCGGGUUCGACGGGCCGAUCAUCGCCGCCAUCGCGAGGUGCAUGCAGGGCACGGCGCCGUGUGUCGUCUCGACCACCAAUGCGCAGCUCGAAGGUCUCGGCACCAAGGACUCCACGGGCGCGCUCUGGCUCGCGCCCAACCAGCAGCCGGCGUACAUCCCCGGCGAAACGUCCGGUCUCACGGCGACGGACACGAACGGCGUCACGUUCACGGUCAUCGACUUUGACAACCUCAAGGAUGGCAAGAGUUCCGUCUUCUCCUGGGUCUCGGGGCACGCUUAUGCGUUCGCGUGGACCCGCGGCACGCGCUGGCCCAUCCAGGACCUGCUGAGCCCGCGGAUCAAGUUUCUCAAUCCCUGGGGCGUCAAUCCCGAGUCGUGGCCGGGGAGUAACGGCAAGGGACAGUGGGAUGACCCCGCCGAGCUUACCAGUAGCUUCCGCACGUUCCUCGAGAGCGUCAGUGGCGUGUUCACUGUGACUGAUAUGCCUGCGUAG